AUGCAUGAUGCAGGAGGCAGGAGGCAGGAGGCAGGAGGCAGGAGGCAGGAUGCAGGAGGCAGGAUGCAGGAGGCAGGAUGCAUGAUGCAGGAGGCAGGAGACAGGAUGCAGGAUGCAGGAUGCAGGAGGCAGGAUGCAGGAUGCAUGAUGCUUGAUGCAGGAGGAGGCAGGAGGCAGGAGGCAGGAUGCAGGAGGCAGGAUGCAGGAGGCAAAAUGCAGGAUGCAGGAGGCAGGAUCCAGGAGGCAGGAUGCAGGAUGCAGGAGGCAGGAUGCAGGAUGCAGGAGACAGGAGGAGGCAGGAGGCAGGAUGCAGGAGGCAGGAUGCAGGAGGCAGGCGGCAGGAGGCAGGAUGCAGGAGGCAGGAGGCAGGAGACAGGAUGCAGGAUGCAGGAUGCAGGAGGCAGGAUGCAGGAAGGAGGAGGCAGGAUGCAUGAUGCAUGA